ACCCUUCUUCAUCCUCAUCAUCCCAACUUCCUUCUUCACUGCUUCACUCUCACACCAACAAUGCCUACCAUAACCAGAAAGAAGCUCCUUAACACUGUGACAGCCGUUGACAUAGGCUGCAGCAGCUGCAGAAGACCAAAGCUCUUCCACAUAUUCCGUCCCAAGGCAAAGCUCAUCACCACCAAGUUCGGCGGCCGCAAACAAAACCACCACCACUACUCUUCUUCGAGCUCCUCCAACAAAGACUCCACCACCACCACAUUCUCCCCAAACACCGACGACUACGCUUCUUUUUCCGACCACGGGACCGUCGCCAAGAGCGCCACGCCGGUCAAGGGGUUCGGCAGGGUUGGCGGCGAGAGCGUGGCGGUGGAGAAGGACUCCGGCGACCCUUACUUGGACUUUAGGCAUUCCAUGCUUCAGAUGAUUUUGGAGAACGAGAUAUACUCGAAAGAUGAUCUCCGGGAGCUUCUCAACUGCUUCUUGCAGCUCAACGCGCCUUGCAACCAUGGCAUCAUCAUCAGGGCUUUCACUGACAUCUGGAAUGGAGUCUUCUCCGUUAGGUCUAGUGCUUCCACAAUGCAGCUUCGUCUUGCUCGCAAGUCACGUGACUAUUAGAUUCAGCACGUGCCGCCCGCAAUUGUACCGUUCUUUGUAGAUUUUCUUUUAUGAUAAAAGCUCCAAAGAGCUUGUUGUAAGUGUUGUAGAGGAAUGCAAAUUACAAUCAUAAUGAUGAGUUAUUUGCACUCCUCUACGAGUAUUAGUUUUUUGAGUGUGCGAUUAGCGUUGCCUCUGUAGACUAGGGUAUCAUCGAAGCCGUAAUUCUUGUAAGGUUUUGGUGUAUGUAAAGCAAGAUAUCCAUGAAUGGACCGUUUGGCAUGCAUUUUAGUUUG